AUGCGACUGUUCGAUCUGAGUGCGUCGCUGGCCGACCUCGUCCUUGCAUGGUUUUUGAUCCGGCUUGGGAACGACGAGGAGCAAUCUCUGGAUUGGCUCGUCUAUUCCGAAAAGAAGGCUAUGGUGGAUCGUCACGCUGGCGGCAGGGGCCAAUUCGAGAAUCUCCUCUUCUUCUUCUUCCAGAAUGUCAAGAUUUUUGAUCCACCAUCCCCGGAAAGAAUUGAAAAAAUCUGUGCCUGGUUCUACGUUCUACCGAAGGUCGAGUUCAGAGGCAUCGAUAUCACGAGUGCUGUCCGCCAGAUACUUGUGCAUUUCAUAGGUGCGCGAAUUUUACGUUUAUCAUUUGGUGACCAUGAAUGCCUCAAGCAUUUCAUUGAAGACCACUCGCAAAUCUUCCACAACUUUCGACUGUAUCUGCGAUCAAACAUCUACAAUUGUCACAACGUGAGCGCGCUGAUUGGUCGCCUGCUGUUCACUUGGACGAGAACGAGCAAAGGGCAGCGUGAUCACGACGAGCUCAAGGAGCUGUGCAAAUUCACCGGCAACAGUUUCGUGGAGCACGUCAAGUCCACACUCGGCUCAAGCAACUCUUGUGAAGACGAGCGCCAGCUUUUGUUUCGUGCCGCGGCCAGAGUGUUCGGGGAAGAUUUCAGUGGCCAGUUUGUGACCCUGUGCGCGAACUCGCAGUGGGAGGACAAUGCCAAGCUCUUGCAGACAAGCGAGCUUGGAGAAAUCAUGGAGCUGGCGAAGCAGGGACAGUUCCAAGUUGCUAAUCCUCUCCCCAAGAAGGUUGUGACCAGCAGUUGGCUCGGUGAAAUAAUCCUCUACUUGGCCAAUCUGGUUCUCGAGGAUAGCAUGCCAUACACCUUUGAUCGUACAACAUGGAUACAGGAUUGCAGAGUAUUACUUAUCGAUCCCGUCAUAAACCGUCAACACAUGACGCUGUUAUUAACCUCUAGUCGCCGUAAGGAAGGGGUUUACUUGGCUGAGACUGUGACAAAGAAGAUCUGCCAAGAGCUUGGAGCGUGGAUUCACUCCCCAAAGACAGUGAAAAAGCUAGAAGCUAGCUUGGAAGACAUAGAUAAUGCCCUGAGGGAUGUUAUGUUGCGCGCUGCUGGGGGUGAAUUUAGUGACAAGCACGAAACUUUGCUGGCUAAGAUGGCCAAGCUACUUGGAUUUGGAAAAAUGGACGGUAUGUAUGGACUCGCCAGAGCUUAUGUUCUACACGGCAUGCCUGGAAAAGGUGGCGGUGAUGGCCAUCCCAACUCUAAAAAAUCUAGUAGCAUGACCCUUGGAAAGAACAGAAUGGCCUGGCGACGAGGCAUCCCUCCAAGCGCCACGCUCCGUCUCCGCAGCUUCCAGCAGCGUCGACCAUCGAGGGGCUCCAGCAGUGGUGAUUCGAGGUCAUGGGCGGCAGUAAGCGCCUCUGAUCCUGCUGCAAUCUCCACGCUUGCAUCGAUGCGGAUUGCGAGCCCCGUGACUAGCGACUCCAGGCUCGCAUCUAGCGAUGAUCAAAGCUCCGGGAUAGCAGCGAUGCUCAAAGCUAGGAGAGACGUCGUGGCCCUCAGAUGA